ACGGGAUUACAGGCUGAGCCACCGAGCCCAGCACCUCAUAGGCUUCUAAUUGGCUACAGUGGAUAUAAAUCAAGCCCUGCCAGAUAAAUAACUUCUCGAAAGAUGUGGAAGGCAGAAAUGCGGUGAAGACCAACUUCCUGCCCCUCUUGGCUGUUGCUGCUGUAAGAAAGGUCACGAAGUUGUGCGGUCUCCCUCCCUCAGUGUUCUGGCGUCUAGGCUCCAGCGUCAUGGGUGAGAGGGAAGCCAAGGAAGUGAAGUCGAAGAGAACCCAAGUAGAGCGCAUGAUCCGGAAGAACCAGUGUCUCUUUACUGACACCCAGUGCAAGGUGUGCUGCGCCCUGCUCAUCUCUGAGUCUCAGAAACUGGCACAUUACCAGAGCAAAAAACAUGCCAACAAGGUGAAGAGAUACCUAGCAAUCCAUGGGGUGGAGACCUUGAAGGGGGACAUGAAGAAGCUAGACUCAGACCAGAAGAGCAGCAGAAGCAAAGACAAGAACCAGUGCUGCCCCACCUGUAGCAUGACCUUUUCCUCCCCUGUCGUGGCCCAGUCGCACUACCUGGGGAAGACCCACGCAAAGAACUUAAAGCUGAAGCAGCAGUCCACUAAGGGGGAAGCCUUGCACCAGAAUAGAGAGAUGAUUGACCCUGACAAGUUCUGCAGCCUCUGCCACGCGACAUUCAAUGACCCCGUCAUGGCUCAGCAACAUUAUGUGGGCAAGAAACACAGGAAGCAGGAGACUAAGCUCAAGCUCAUGGCGCGCUACGGGCGACUGGCGGACCCUGCGGCCACUGACUUCGCAGCCGGGAAGGGCUAUCCCUGCAAGACGUGCAAGAUAGUGCUGAACUCCAUCGAGCAGUACCAGGCUCACAUCAGCGGCUUCAAACACAAGAGCCAGUCACCAAAAGCAGUGGCGUCACCCCUGGGCCAGGUUCCAGUGCAGAGGCCACUCGUUCAGAAAGACUCGGCUGCCUUGGAGGACUAGAGUGCUGCCCCAGCCGCAG